AUGUACAAAAUGGCCGAGUUGACAUGGAAUAGAAGCUUGGUACUAGAAUCGCGACCCUUGAAGACCGUUAGAGCUAUGGCGCCCCCGCCUCCGGAGUCUCGCUUCGAGCCUUGUGCCUCCACGGCCUCGCUGUUUCUAUAUGCGCAGAGCUCGACUAUCCUGUGCCUUCACCAUGAUACGCUAGCUGUGGAACGUCGUUUCGAUAGCCACCAGGAAGAUGUCGAAUUUAUAUCGGUAGACAAUGUGAGCGAGCGUGGUGCAGGCCGAUUGGUCGUCAGUUACGAUGUGGGACAAACGGCUAUCGUGUGGGAUAUUUUCACCGGUACAGAGAUUGCAAGAUUUGCCUCAUUCGAGCAUUUGCGAGUUGCAUCGUGGAUGCGAAAUGGCAGUGUUGCAUUUGGAAAUGGAAAAGGCGAAGUGAUUCUAUUCGAGCCUCCUACUUCUGAGCACAUCUCUGCGCGCACGAUAUUCGAUCCAAUCACAGCACUUGCACCAGCUACAGAUUGUCGGACUUAUGCGAUUGGGUACCAAAAUGGGUCUAUCUUGAUUGCGAAUCUCCUUCCCCAAUUUACAAUUCUCCACACACUGACAACCUCUCGCGGACCUUCGCCGAUUCUCUCGCUUGCCUGGCAUGCGUCUUCAUCGAAACAGAAAUCGGACAUGCUGGCAACACAAUCUUCGAAUGGUGAUUUAAGGGUCUGGAGUGUGGCGAAACCACCUGUCAAAGAAUCACCGCGGGUCAUUCGGGUGCUGAAAAGAUCAGACUCGAAUUCCGCGGAUCCCAAGUGGAUGUGUUGGUCAAAAAAUGGAAGGAUCAUUCAAUAUCUGGAAGGUGAAACUUGGUCCUGGGAUGUUCGAACAAAGCAUGUAACCUACGAGCCGAUUCCCACGAUUGAUGGGGUCCGAGGCAUGGCCAAUUAUGGCCCUACGGCAACACUCUUCACCAUUGGCCCCCAGAAUACAGUACAACAGUAUGAUCUCGAUAACCCGGCAAUGGUCGCCAACGUGCAACACGUCCCAAUCCCUUCCCGACCUGUAGCAUCCGAGAAUGGUCGAUCACGUACAAUGUCCCCACGUCGCCUUCAAGACCCUCCAAACAUCAGAGAAAAAGGACACGGAAGACGAACACCAUUCGAUGCAAAUGGCAUGGACAGCGUGAGCCAACAACGAGCAGACCUCAUCAGCCCAGCUUCUUCAAGGAGUCGAACUGAAUCUGUUAGCUCGAAAGCUUCCUCUGGGAGAUACAAGCUUGACCGACCAUUCUCACCACCUAGUCGAUCUGGCCAGAGUGCCACUACCUUCUCGUUAACUUCGGCUGGUCGAGAUACUCCGCAACCCUCGGCAUCUUUCCAGUACGCAUCUUCGGUGUCGAUGUCCUCGGUGAAAAGCUCCCGUGCUGCAUCUCGAUUGCGCAAUGAAGUCCACAUGAGUCCUGCCGAGAAGAAUAUUGUUGAUCUUUUCCCUUUUACUCGCGCACGCUUGAACGAUGUGCCUUACAAGCAGGCUCCGCCUCUUGAUGAGACUCAUUUGACACCUGAAGAUCUGCGGCAGCAAAUGUUGAGUGUGGUUUUCGGAUGGGAAGGAGAUAUUCAAGAUUUGAUCAGGGAUGAGUUGAGCCGACAUGCAGUUGGAAGCCAAAGUGCCAUUCUUCUAACCCAAUGGCUUGGCGAGACAGACUCAGACCAGAUGGCUGCCAUGAUAAGCUCCGGGCAAGUGACGACCGUGGACUGGAUGUUAUUAGCAUUGAGUCAAAUGAGCGGCCACGCUCAAGCGAACAAGGUUGGCCAAGCCUUUGUACAAAAGUUGCUGGAGAUGGGGGAUGUUCACACAUCGGCGUCGAUCCUUCUCGGCCUUGGAGACAGCAACGAUGCAAUUGAGGUCUACGUGUCUCGUAACCACUUCAUGGAGGCCAUUUUGAUGACAUGUCUUCUGAUGCCAUCGGACUGGCAGCGUCAAUCAUAUCUUGUCCGCCGAUGGGGAGAGUAUGUGGUAUCUCAUUCUCAGCAGCAACUUGCCAUUCGCUGUUUCAUGUGCACUGGUGCUGAGCCUACCGAGCCAUGGACUUCACCAGCUGCUCAGCAAGCUGCUUCCUUUGCAGAAAUCAUCCGAGGAAAGUCACCACUUGCGUCUCCCGAUCCAAUGCAAUCCAGCUCAAAUCUCAUGUUGCCUCCAAAUCGACCCAAGUCAGCAUCGAAUCAACGGCCGGCUGGGAAAACUCCUGCACUGAAGCUUAUCACAUCGUUUGAUCCGCAACCAAACCAGCGUUUCCGAUUCCCGGGCCUCAAAUCAGAUGACCGAACACCAACGAAUGCACCGGGUGUUACCCCCAUUGCAGAAUCUGCUGUUGCUGACUCUGCUUUGUCUCCCGGCGGCUUGGGAUCCUGGAAAUUGAAUAAUAUCCAGAGCCUCAGCCAAGCUAUGACUUCCAGAUCCGGUACUCCGGCCUGGAACCGCCGUCGUCUUCCCUCGAUAGGAGAGACCCCAGUAGAUGUACACCCGCCCUCGUUCUCACGUUCCGGAUCCUACCAAAAAUCUGGUUAUGGAUCAACUUCUGAAAAUGAUGAGACAAGUGGCCAAGAACCAAGUCAAGAUGAGCAAGGUGGUGACGGUGGUCUUUUACUGUCUGCUACAAGAUACGCUCCAGAGGGAGAGUCUCUCAAGCCAAGUCCCCAGACUGCUGUUCAGGCUGCCGAGAAAUUUGCAUCUAUUAAAGGUCUUCCGUCUCCAGGGCCCGGGCUGAUUGAAGCACUCAGAGAGUAUUCCGAUAUCAGAAAUGGCUCGCGCGAUCGCAAACCAGACGGACUUCAGAUUGAGCUCGUGCACGCGGAAGAAUUGCUUGCAGACGGCCACGAUCAAUCAGACUUGCUUCCGGUUCCUAGUGCAAAGAGUACUACUUCGACUUUGAACAGCUACAGCUCGGCAAAAAGUCCCAGUGUCAGUGGACGCAGUAUCGAUCAGUACAUUAGCAGUCUGGAAGAGGCAAACUACCAUUCAAAAAAGCAUCGAGGUCAUCGCAGCCAUGGCCGUGAGAGGGGAAAUACAGAUGAAACAGCUAGCCAAAGCUCACGCACUCACCACCCUCGUGAUCCAUCACAAGAAAGCCGUGGUCGCAACGAGCGACGAUACAUCCAACCUGCGAAACGAUCACCUUCAUCUCCCAUACCCAUGUCUCCUGAAGAGCUGGCUCGAUACCAUGUCGGAGAACCAGGCAAGACAGAAGAGCCUAGAAAGACACAGUCGCGCGCUAGAAGCAGCAGCAAAAUGAGGAAGGGAGGAUCACGCAGUCGCCAGCGUUCUUCCAGUCGAAACAAAACAGCCCAAUUUGGUGGAGACAAGAAUGAUCCUUCUUCGCGUGGCCGCAGUGUCGACCGACAGAGCUCUACUGUCCGAUCCCCAUCGUCGCCGCUGCCAAUGUCUCUUCCAACCCAGGAUUCAUCCCCGCAAGAGAAUGCGGACGACCCAUUGAGAAUUGUGACUGGAAAUCAGAAACGUCUACGCUCACGUCACAGAAGCGCUAGUCGUCGUCGAGGAGCAAGCUCGAAACGAGACCCAUCAACAGAGUCCAAGUCCGGACAUAAGGUUUCGUAUAGUCAACCUGAGAUCCGUCAGGUACCUAAACCGCAGAUUCCUGCUGAUUCGCAAGGCCUGGAGCUUUUGAGUGCCAAAACAUUUGGCCAAGUUGAUGUUUUCGCCGAUGCGAUGAACCAACACAAGUCUGAUUCCAACGAUGAGGCUCAGGAUCUGGUAUCUCCAACGACGCCUUUUGUCAGCCUGGCAGAGAGGAAGAGACGAGAACUGGCAGCUGCUGAGCUCGAGGCCCGUCGACUGUCUCUUGCUCGCCAUCCCUCCGCGCCUAAUAUUCCAUUCCCCGGGGAGUUGCAGUCCGCUCGAACACCAGUGGAAAGCCCACCUCCAUUCCAUGGCAAUUCAUACUUCCCUCGAGUCCCAUCUCGAAACAAGAUUCCUCCAAGCAAGAACUCGCCAGAGUAUCAAAGCAGUUCGGAUUCCAGCUCGUCUCGCUCAGGCAUGCCAGUCGGACUUCCUGCAACUCCUCGAGCAAUGCGUCAUCCCAAGUACGGCGGCGGAUACGAAGAAGCUCGCCCUCCAUCCGUUCCAGCUCUCCCAACAGACAACUUCGGAAGUCUCCUCUUAACAGACGCGAGGUACCAAGGCGAAGCCGAACGAAUCGGCCGCUCAAUGUCCGUCCCAGUACCUCAAGAUCAACACCACCGAGGCGGCACCAUACCCUCCGACGUCCCAAUGCACCCACGCUUCAACCCUAAUCUCCCUCGAAGCCGCUCAAACAGUCGCAGCCGCAUGGGUCACAGACGCACAUCCUCAGGCACAUCACCCCAUGUUACCGUGAGCAUCGAAGAAACAAUCGAAAACGCAAUGCAGUAUAGACCCUCCGCGCCACAAAUUGACCUAAUCCCACCGCCUCCUCCUCCACCCCCAAUCCUCCCCGAACUCCAACACCUGAAGAACACGCCCCCACCACCACCCCCAGCACCCUUCCACGAAGCAGUCUCACCUCGCGAGUCUUCGGCUACAAUCGAUAUCGCCAUCGAUAAUCACGAAAUGGGACAUCUCCUGCCCCGCGCAAUGACAGCCGCUCCAGCUCUGACCAGCACUGAGACUCGUCAAGCUGUUGGACGACGGAUGUCUUUCGACCAUCGGCGGAAUCGAAGCUCGAACGAGAGCUUCACAAAUAAAUUGCGCAGCUUGACUCGUAUGCGAAGUAAUAGCCGCAGCGUGGAGCCUUGGACGAGUCAUCACGAUACCGAGAUGCCGUAUGAGAGUGUUCAUUCGCAUGGGCAUUUUUCGUCGAGUCAAGGCCCUGCUUAUGUGAAGGGUGAUUUGACGAGUUUCCUUUGA